CCUCGGCCGAGUCCACCAUGGGAACCUCCUCCUCCCCCAGCGAGAGCAGCCCCACGACCUCGGCCGAGUCCACUACGGGCACCUCCUCCUCUCCUAGCGAGAGCAGCUCCACAAUUUCAUCCAGUGAGAGCAGCCCCACGACCUCGGCCGAGUCCACCACGGGAACCUCCUCCUCGUCCAGUGAGAGCAGCUCCACGACCUCGACGGGAACCUCCUCCUCCCCCAGCGAGAGCAGCCCCACGACCUCGGCCGAGUCCACCAUGGGAACCUCCUCCUCAUCCAGUGAGAGCAGCUCCACGACCUCGUCCACCACGGGAACCUUCUCCUCGUCCAGCGACAGCAGCACCACGACCUCGGCCGAGUCCACCACGGGAACCUCCUCCUCCCCCAGCGAGAGCAGC